AGUCUACUGAAUGGGUGGGGGAAGGUAGCGCUGGUGCGCCAGUAUGCGUAAGAAACUGAAACCGGUUUGGAAACGGUGAGCCACUGGGCUGGGAUAAACACCUUCGAACGAAAACUUUCAGCGUAUUCAGACUCUGUAUCAUUAUGUGACCGAAAAAAAAAGGAAAAGGAAAGAGAGUUAAUUAUUUAGAAGGACGAACUGCUUUCACUCCGUGGCUACAUUUCGAGGACCUCACUAUCACAAUGAGGAAAUUCAUUCUUGCUUGUCUUUUGCCAACAGGAUGUUUGGCUAUCCUUGUCACAGUGCCAGACACUACACGCUACACUACCAUGUUUGCUUCAGUUACAAUGAGAUGUGACUAUUCCACCUCUGCAAAUAUGCAACUAGUUGUGGUCACUUGGCGCUACAAGUCUUUCUGCAGGGACCCAAUCCUGGACUAUUAUUCAUCAGGUUAUCAAGCUGCUUUGGCCCUAGGACAGGAUCCUGUAAAUGACUGUCCAGACAGCCAAAGAGAAGUUAGAACUGUAAUCCAAAAAACUGGAACAAAUGAGCCCAUUCUAGGAGUGGAAUACGCACAGAGAAAAAUUACAAUUCAAAACAAGGCUGACCUGGUGAUAAAUGAAGUUAUGUGGUGGGAUAAUGGGGUUUACUUCUGCAUUGUAGAAGCCCCAGGUGACACUGCAGGUGAUCCAGAUAAAGAAGUUAAGCUGAUCGUUUAUAAUUGGCUUGUGGUGAUUUUCAUCAUCCUGGGUUUCCUCCUGUUAAUUAUACUGCUUUCCAUUUGCUGGUGCCAGUGUUGUCCGCAUCGUUGCUGCUGUUAUGUUCGCUGUCCCUGCUGCCCAACUAAGUGCUGCUGUCCAGAAAAAGCUAUAAUACAACACAGAAUAAUGAAAGAAGCAAAGAAGGCUUUAAUGCCGUGGUCAGCAGGACACAUUUAUGAUCCCGUGGGCUCUUACAGGUCAUCAUCUCAUCACACCCCUCAAAUGCUCAAAGAUUACUCUUUAAAGCACCAUAUCCCAAUGAUCCCAAUGCAACAACAAUCUCACCAUAGCAAUAAGUCUGUCCUUGAUUACCUUGAAAGCCAGGUGAGAAAUUUAGACACAGUCCAGCCACUACAACAGCCUCUGUUACCAAGUAAUCAUGUGCAGUUCCAGACCCCUCCAAGUGUACUGUCUUCACUGAACGAGAUUGGUGUGCGUGAAAUUGAUAGACGUGUCAUUCAUCUGCCACCAAUUGUUGAAAGAAUACCCUCUUCCCAUUCAACCAACAACUCCGCACGAAGGAAUACAACUUCUUCUGGAUUCAGAGGUCAACAUUCUGAAGCUGAAUUGGUUGGUAGAGGGGUGCAUGGCCAAGGAGGAUCAAGAUCCAGUCGAGGAUCCCAUUCAGAGCAAGACAACAGGAACCGGAGGAGAGAGCCACAGAAUAACAAUCGUAAUCACUGGAGAGAUCAGUACUCUCAUCCAAGAGACUGGCGAAGUUACAGUGAUGAGUCUGACUAUGAUGAUCGCAGAGGGGGACCAAACAUGAGAAGAAAUAAUGUUGGCAGCUACUCCCAACCCAGACAGGAGAGAGAACAAUACCGAGAUGACUAUAACCCCGGUAGGCAUCGCCCACGUCGGAGACAGAGGAGUUAUUCUCCUCCUGGCCGAAGAGGGUCUUGGAGUUCUGAUGAUGACAGCAGCAGAGCGGCUGGAAAUAACCGAAGGAGAAACAAAGAUCACAGUGCGGAGUGGCCAGAAAAACCUCCCAGCUACCGCUCCAUUGAGAUCUUGCCAGACCGCAGUCAUAAUGGUUCAAACAGAGUUCAUGAAAGAUAUUCAGAAAGAAGCUCACGAAGUGGCAGAAGUGUGGUGUUAUAAACAGACAGAGGAGAAGCUUCUAUUUCAGCUAUACUUUACAUAGAGGAAAACUAUUUUGAGCAGCAUAUCAAGGACUUACUAGUGGACAGAAGAAAAUUUUGUAUUUUUGCUUUAACUGCUUGUUUUUAAUUGCUACCAUGACUCGUUUUUUAAAAGAAAAAAAAAGACAUUAAUUUGUAAGAUUUUGUAACUGGUGCAAUGACUUUUGGAGAGACUGAAUUUCUGUUUUAGAAAUAUUUAGUUCACUACAUUGCAAUUUCUAAGAUUGUACACAAAAUGUGCGACCAGUGGUUCAGCACAAAAAUCAUAUUAAAUAUUUUAGGAUGGAUGAGCAAAAUAAGUAAAAGUCUUUCUGUGGGUGUCUCUGUCAUCCUUACAUUAUCAUGUUUAAUGACGAAAGUAACAUCACUGAGAUUUUGCUUUGUUUUAGAUGUUACAUUGUGUUUUGCUAAGUUGGUUAACUUUAUGUACUGUAUAUGUUUCUUAAGUGGCCAGGCAUUGCAAUAAUAAGGUGAGUGUGUCAUUUUAAAAGUUUAGGUUAAUGCAAUUGUAUAUAUAUUUGCUCCUAGAAAACAAGAUCAUGUAAUGUAACAACUGUACCCUUUUCUAGGUCUAAAACGGUUUUAAAUGAAGCUGCGGUGAGCUGGAUUGCUCAGUCUCGUCAAGUGCUUAAUGUAAUUUGCUUAUUCCUCCUCUGUAUACAGAUGACAUAUUGUGAAUUUUGGAACAGCCUGUCCAGUCAAGGGGGAUUUCACCUGUUUGGGGUUUUUUUUUUUUUUGUGUGACAAUCCUGCUUGAUACAAAAAAAUACUUUAUAGAGUUUCUUUUCUUUCAGUGAAGAGAAUUUUUUGGAAAUUUCUCAAUCAUCAGUGAAACAAAAUGUCAGAUUUUAUGUAAAUAAAUAUUUUUGGGCAAGUUUUACAUUCACCACCUGUGCUACAAAAAUGACCUCCUUAUGUAAUCUAAAUUUGUUCCUGUGACUUUUUUUGUUACAGAUACUUGCCAAAUUUUAAAAAAGCAUUCCUCUAAAUGGUAAAUGUGACAAAAAAAUAUGUAAAUAUCGUAUAAGGUGCCAGCCUUGUUUAAUUCUUAAAUUAUGGUUUCUUUUGAAUAUUUUCUAUGUGCAUUUUGAGCUCUACUAGGACAGAAUAUUCACACAUUAAUAUGCUCAUUUUCUUUCUUAUGCUUCUAAUGACUUAAUGUAUUGAUAUCCAUGUGUCUCAAACAUAUUACAUGAUACACUGCUUGCAUUUCUGCUUUAGCUGACAUCUUUUUACAUUAACUGUGUAUUCCUGCUACUUUGCUAUGAGUCUCCUCCUUUCUCUGUAGUGGAGAACUUCCUGGAUGGCUGCAGUGGCUGCUGCUUUUCAUUUAUAGAUGCUGACAUUAAAUAAUGCUUCUUGUUUUUCUAUUUCA